AUGGCGUCAGCACCAGAAAAGAGCUUUAAACAGAAGAUUCUGGAAGAAAACCUGUGCUGUGGGAUCUGUGAGGAAACUUUACGGCACCCCAAAGCACUGCCCUGCCUUCAUUCUUUCUGCAAGGAGUGUCUAACAAAAUGGAUGUCUACUCGUGGAGGCCUUUCUUGUCCUAUCUGCCGCCUUGAUGUGCCCUUACCAACAGAUGGUGUUGCAGGCCUCCCUGAUAACCACCUUAUUGCAGAGCUGUGUGAGAAAUUCUCUAAGAAACCAGCUGACCAGGAGCAAGAUGCCACACAGAACUGUGAGUACCACCCUUCCAAGGAGCUUCAAUUCAUCUGUAAGAGUUCAAAGUGCGGUGGCCUACCUAUCUGUAUGCAGUGUUUUGAAGAGUCUCACGUUGGUCAUAAUCAUUAUGUUGUUCAAGUAAAAACUGAAGCCAAUGAGCAAAUGAAGAAGCUCAUCACUCCAUUGCUUGAAGAGAAGAAGAAACAGGUUGAAGAUCAAAACAAGUACCUGAAAGAAAUUCAAGAUCUUGAGAACCUGAUCACUGAUGGCAAGAAUGAAAGUGAGAAGAACAUUAAGGACUCGUAUGCAGAAAGGGUGAGGCUACUCACUGAAGACAAGGACAGGCUUCUAAAAGACAUGCAGCAAAGUUAUGCAGACAACAUGAGGGACUUCAAUGCCAAAAAAGACGCCGUGCAACAACAAGUAAAAGACUUGACAGACAUCAUGGAAGAAGUCGAGCAGACCAAAACAGAUCCGAUCAAGUUUCUUGAUGAAAAAGACAACCUUCGGGAUAAACUAAAACAAACUAAAGUGGACCCACUCCCAGCUCCGUUAGAAGUUACGGCCACUCUCUGUCGUCCACACGAGAUCAAGAAGAAGCAUCUGGCAAACGGAGAGCUGGUGACGGAAGUCUUCACCAUAAGAGAGACCACUAGGUGGUGGUCUGCUACUGAGCUUCGGUCUAGUAUCAGACAAAAAGCGCAAACCGCGAGGGAAACCUUCCAUACCUUCAGACAUUGAAGCGUUCAACUGGUUCUUAAAUCAGCGAUUGUGAAAUGUGGUUAUUUCUUAAUAUAUACUUAAUAGUGAAACAUGAUCGCCCAAAGAUUUGAAAGUGAAACUUAAACUUAAGUGAAUAUAAAAGAGAUAUAUAUGUUAUUUGUACCUAUACCAUGGAUUCCACCUUUGUAGAGAGUAUAAUUGUCAAGUAGAAAUAUUAUAUUCUGAUAGCUUACAUUGUAUGACUUUUUUGUCUUGAGUGCAAGGUAAGAGAUAAUUGGAUACAAGCAAGCCUUAACAUAUCAGAAUGGUUGUCAAAUCUCUUUGUCAGUAGUUCACGUCAUAACUAGGACUGUGUUCUGAAAAAAAAAAUUUGUGAGAAGUUAAGUUAUGAAGAUCGAUGCAUUAUUUGUGUUUUUGUGAUAUAGCUGACAAAAGGCUGAGGCUUUUAGCUGUUUUCUUUAAAUGAUAAAGUUGCAAAAUAGCCAAUAACUCCUGUUCAUUUGGCAACUCAAUCAGUAAUAACAUGUCAUUGAGAAUAUAGUGUUUGACAAUCAUGGUACAUUGUAGAUACAUGUAGGUGUAUGACUUAUUUUAUUUGAGGCACACUGUACUUUUAUCUUUUUCGCACUGCCAGGCAAUUACAAAUACUGUACAUUGUACAAGUCAAUAUUUGCCUGCAUAUUAUAUUGACAAAUAGUCUCCCAGAGUUCAGAAGGUCAGUACCAGCAGGCAGACAUAAUCAUGAACUUUAGUACUUGCAAAUGGGACUACUAUGUUAAUACUGGAUAUCAGGAUAAGGCCC